AUGGCCGACGUACGUGGUACCUCCGCUGCCAAGGCUAUUCCUCAGACACCGGGGGGCAACGCCUACGAGAUAUCGACAACGACGCAUGAGGCAUUGUCUGCGUGGUUCAUAGGACCGAAAGCAGAGAACAGAGAGCUGCUCAAGUCUCGUCUUCUCAGCAUUGUCGACCACAUAUCUUAUGAACGGCAUGCGUACUUUCCUCACGACCCGGAGUUCAUCACACCCACAACGCAAGCAUCCGCAGCGUAUCAGCGCGAGGCUGCCGACCUCGAGCGCUACCUCACGUUCAUGACGACCCUCCUCUCGCGCUACUCCAUCCCUUACUUCUCGCCGCGCUACAUGGGCCACAUGUGCUUCGACAACUCGCUUCCCGCAACACUUGGCUACCUCGUCGCGAUGCUGCACAAUCCGAACAACGUCGCCGUCGAGGCGAGUCCACUCACAAGCUACGUCGAGUAUUGCGUUGGCCAGCAGCUGUGCAAGAUGCUUGGCUAUCGCACACAGGAGGAACUAAGCGAAGGUAACAACGUGAGGUCGUACAAGAGCUGGGGUCAUGUAACGUGUGACGGAUCUGUUGCAAACUUAGAAGCUAUGUGGUGA